AUGUUUUCACACACAAAUCCACUGCAUCAGGAUGUAUUCAAGAGUGUGGCACAGUUAGAGGCUGAAGUAGUAGCAAUGACAGCUGCUUUGCUUGGCAGCAAAGAAAAGGCGUCUGGUGGACAAAUUUGUGGCAAUAUGACGUCAGGCGGGACUGAAAGCAUAUUGUUGGCCGUCAAAACAUCACGCGAUUAUAUGCAAUCAAAGAAGGGAAUCACAAAGCCCGAAAUUAUAAUUGCUGAAUCAGCUCAUUCUGCCUAUGACAAAGCUGCUCAAUAUUUCAAUAUUAAAGUGCGGCGUGUACCUGUGAAUAAAGAAUUUCUUGCAGAUGUAAAAGGAUUCAAACGGUGCAUAAAUGGAAACACCAUAAUGAUGGUUGGAUCUGCACCAGGAUUUCCCCAUGGUUUAAUUGAUCCCAUCGAGGAACUUGGGGAGUUGGCUUCACAAUAUGGUAUUUGCUUGCAUGUUGAUCUAUGCCUUGGUGGCUUCGUAUUGCCUUUCGCCCGUAAGCUUGGGUAUCCUAUUCCUCCUUUUGAUUUUUCUGUCAAAGGUGUUACGUCGAUCUCAACAGAUGUUCAUAAGUAUGGGCUAGCCCCAAAAGGCACCAGUACUGUCCUAUACAGGAAUCAUGAAAUUAGAAAGCACCAAUUUGUUGCUGUGACGGAAUGGACUGGUGGGCUCUAUAUUUCCCCUACUAUGGCUGGAAGCAGGCCAGGUGGACUAGUCGCAGGAGCUUGGGCUGCGAUGAUGUCUCUUGGAUUGAAUGGUUAUUUGGAAAGUACUGGUAAAAUCAUGGAAGUCUCAAGGAAGAUACAAAAAGGAAUUGAUGAUAUCUCAGGUUUAUUUGUGAUUGGGAAGCCAGACAUGACCGUCGUGGCCUUUGGGUCGGACGCAGUCGACAUAUUUGAGGUGAAUGACAUAAUGUCAUCAAAAGGAUGGCACCUCAAUGCUCUUCAGAGACCCAACAGUGCCAAUCCUGACCGUGCUAUUUGGUUCUCCAGUCUGCACAUCUGCGUGACGCUUCAACACACGGCUAUCUAUGAGGAAUUCCUCAAGGACCUCGAGGAUUCUGUGAACACAGUGAAAGCGAAUCCAGGGCCUAUCAGCGGGGGGAUGGCUCCGAUCUACGGCGCGGCUGGGAAGAUGCCGGACAGAGGCACGGUCAAGGAGUUGCUUGUGGAGUUCAUGGACAGCUCUUGCUAA